AUGAAAUUGGAUACUUCUCACAUGAGGUACUUAACCUCGGAUGAUUUUAAAGUAUUACAAGCAGUAGAAAUAGGUUCUCGAAAUCAUGAACUAGUUCCAACACCAAUGAUACAUUCAAUAUCUGGAAUGAAAUCACCAUCAGGUACACAAAGAUGUAUUGGAGAUCUAGCUAAAUUAAAGUUGAUAAGUAGAUUGAGAAAUGCCAAGUAUGAUGGGUUUAGAUUGACUUAUAAUGGGUAUGAUUAUUUAGCUUUGAAAUCUAUGCUAAACAGAGAUACUUUGUAUUCAGUUGGUUCAACUAUUGGUGUUGGUAAAGAAUCUGAUAUUUUUUCAGUUAGUGAUCCACAAGGUAAACAAAAAGUUUUAAAAGUUCAUAGAUUGGGGAGAACUUCGUUUAAGACAGUAAAGAAUAAUAGAGAUUAUUUAAAAAACAAGCAAACUUCAAAUUGGAUGUACUUGUCGAGAUUAGCAGCAGCUAAAGAAUAUGAAUUUAUGGAAAUAUUAUAUAAUAAUGGAUUUAAUGUUCCUCAACCAUUUGAUUAUUCAAGACAUUGUGUAAUGAUGGAAUGGAUAAAAGGUAUACCAAUGAAACAUUUGAACAGUUCAAAUUUAGGUAAAUUAGAUUACAAAAAAUUAUAUUCAGAAUUAAUGAAAUUUAUAGUAAAAUUAGCCAAUUACGGUCUUAUUCAUUGUGAUUUCAAUGAAUUUAAUAUCUUAAUCAAAAAUCCCAUAGAUAAAGGAGAAUUCGUAGUUAUAGAUUUCCCACAAUGUGUAUCAAUAGAACAUAUAGACGCAAAAGAAUAUUUUCAAAGAGAUGUUCAAGGAAUACGAGAUUUUUUCAAAAAAAAAUUUAAAUAUGAUCCACAACAUGAUUCAACAAUGUAUGAUACUGAUGGAUAUGGUGAUGGAUACAAGUAUGCUUAUCCUAAUUUUAAAAGAGAUGUUGUAAGGGAAAAACUGUUGGAUGUUGAAGUUAAAGCUUCGGGGUUUGCUAAAAAGACAACGGGGAAUAAAGAAGAUAAAGAUUUGGAAAAAGCUGUUUUGGGGAUGAGAAUAGUUACUGAUGAGAGCGAUGAUUUAUCUGAGGUUGAAGAUGAUGAAGAUGACGAAGAGUAUGAAAAUGAAGAGUAUGAGGAUGAAGAUUAUGAUGAAGAGGAUUUUGAAGAACCAAAACAAGAUGAUGAAGAGAAUGAAAAAAUCAUAGCUGCUUUAUCAGCUGGUAAUCAGAAAUUAAAAAUGGAUAAACUAGGUAAUUAUAUAAUAGAUGAUGAAUAG